GUCACACAGCACAGCGCUGCUAGCUCUGCUCCACCUUGUGGGUGCACGUUGUUAAACCGAACCAACGUUUCUUUAAUUGUAGAAGAAGCAUUAAAGAGUUGAAGUGGUGAUAGAAGAUCUCGAGGAUCUGCUUUACUUCUUUUCAGUCCGCUAAGGAGACCAGCUCGCUGGGGAGAAACGACGGAGCGGAAGGAGGAUCGAACAAAGACUCGUUAUCGAGGGAUCCUCUUCGGGAAGGAAGUGUUCCCUGCAGACUUGCAGCAGCUGUUGCUGACUACAGAGGAGGUUUCUUGGAUUCUGAACAAGCAGGACCCAGAGGAACUAUGACCCAGUCAGGAUGGACAGCAUCUGAUGAUAGACUGGUGACACUCGCCACCAGCCCACCAAUGAUUAUGGCUCCUGUGAAGACUGAAGAUGAUGAAAAAGAACUUCAGCCUUGGUCAUAUUCAGCCCACCUUCAUCAAACCCAAACUGAAGGUAACACAGAGGUAGAGGCUCCAACCAACAACCCAGAUAAACAGAUCAAAUCAGAAACAGAUGGAGAGGACUGUGGAGGACCAGAAAUAAGCAGUGACCCAGACCUGAACAGUCAUUUACAACAACACUGUGACAUAAAGCCUUCAGGCUCUUCUGAGAUAAAAUAUUUGUCACAUUUUGGACCUGAAAUGAAAGAUGAAGAUAAAAGCUGGAAUGACAACAUCGCACAUGGGUCAGGUAUAAACAAUGAUGUGGAAUGUAACACUGCCAAAACCUCCCUCAGCUGCUCUGACUGUGGUGAAGAGUUUUACUCUCAACGAUCUCUCCAGAGACACUUAACCAAAAAGUCUUUGAGCUGCUUGAAUAGUAAGAAACAUUUUAGGGUGACACAAAGUAAAAAUAACCAGAAAAGAGUCAACACAGGAAAGAAAACAGUUCGAUGUGAUGUUUGUGGUAAAAUCUUUAGUCAUAGGUUAAAUCUUAACAAACACAUGAAAAUCCACACGGGUGGGAAACCAUAUGGCUGUGAUGAAUGUGGACAUACAUUUAGUCGAAAGGCAAACUUGAACCAACACAUGAGAGUUCACACAGGAGAGAAACCAUUCAGCUGUGAUGAAUGUGGACAUAGAUUUAAUCAAAAGGCAGGCUUAAACCAACACAUAAGAAUCCACACAGGAGACAAACCAUUCAGCUGUGAUGAAUGUGGACAAAGAUUUAGUCAAAAGACAUACUUAAACCAACACAUAAGAAUCCACACAGGAGACAAACCAUUCAGCUGUGAUGAAUUCGAAAGACAACCUUGA